GCGGGCGGAGCCGCGGCCGCACGGCCGGGCCCAGGCGCGGGCGGGGCUCGGGGCCUUGGGCCGGCCAUGUCGGAGAGGCGGCGGCGGGCCCGGGUGCAGGGCGGCUGGGCCGGCGCCUCGGCGGGGCAGCCCGCAGCACCUAAGGCAGCUGUGGCCAGCAGCCUUGCCCUGGCAGGUGUGAGACCAGCAUGGAGACAGAAAGACCAGCCUCACACUCAAAAGCAAUUUGUCUUUGAAAAGCCAUCAGAGGUGGAGCGCAGGGUUCCUGAGGCAGGUGUGAUAGACAAGCCUGGUGUGUAUGAGCUCAGCAAGGGACCAACUGGCACUUCUAGGAUUCAUUUGAUUCCUGGCUUUAUUGACUCAGAACAAGCAGACUGGAUGUUUGAGCAACUCCUCCAAGACAUCCCCUGGGGGCAGCGAACUCACAUCAGGCAGGAAGUAUCUUUUGAGGAACCACGGCUUACAUCCUGGUAUGGGGAACUUCCUUACACAUACUCCAGGAUAACAAUGCAGCCAAAUCCAAAUUGGCAUCCUGUGCUGAGCAUGCUGAAGGAGCGCAUUGAGGAGUUCACUGGCCACACCUUCAACUCUCUUCUCUGCAACCUGUACCGAAAUGAGAAGGACAGUGUGGACUGGCACAGUGACAACGAGCCAUCGCUGGGGAAAAAUCCUGUCAUUGCCUCCCUCAGCUUUGGUGCUACUCGGACCUUUGAGAUGAGGAAAAAACCUUCCCCUGAAGAGGAUGGAGACUAUACUUAUGUAGAAAGGAUUAGGAUCCCACUUGAUCACGGGAGUCUGUUGGUGAUGGAAGGAGCCACCCAGGAGGAUUGGCAGCAUCGAGUGCCUAAGGAGUAUCAUUCUAGAGAUGAACGAAUAAACUUGACAUUUAGGAUCAUUUAUCCAGAACCUGAUGGAGUUUGGAAGUGAAGAGCUACUUUGGACAUUGUUGGAUAUACACCCACAGCAGAUCUAGAGCCUAGAUUGCUCCAGAUUUAAAGGAAGCCUUACAGAAACAGAGUUCCAUGAAGUCAUGGGGAAAAGAGUUUUUGUUAUGAAGACCUUUGGCAAUCAGAAGCUGCCAGUGUUAUGUGGACAGAAAUUACAUGUUAUUAGAUGAUACUAAAUCACAGGAUUUAAGUUUGUGAGCAGUGAUUAUUCUUAAAAGGGCACAAAGCAGAUGAAAAAUGUGAGAGGUCCCAACUGGAGCAGACAGAUGCAGUGAGCACAUAGUUUGCACCUUGUCUUGUCUCUCCUUUACUCCCAAGUUGUGAUCUCUGUUGGAAGUGAUGACAAAGAUGGGAUUCUGUGAUGCAAAGCCACCUCUGUGUCUCUGUACAGAAAGCUGCACUUGGGGAUGAUCUCUGGGUAUUACUCAUUUCACCAAAGGGUGGUGCACUGCUUUUUAUCUGUAGGUUGCAGAGUCUUUUCCAGUUAAGCAAUCAGUUUCAUAACUUAAAUAACUACUUGAACUAUACUGGUGUCUAGUGGAACAGAGGGGUCACAGCUUUCUUCUGCCUUGCACUCUGUGGUCAGACUUUAUCCUAACUGUCUAUCCAUGUAGACAGGACAAGGCAAAGGCAAGCAACAGAGACAUCUGACGACCCUACUUCUGGGUCAGUGCAUAUUGCAUUAAAGAAUAUCACUCUUGAGCCUCUCUUAUCUCUUGAGCCUGUCACAGAUCAGCAGUCAGCACCUCAGACCAGAUUCCAGGCUGACUUGCUGGAAUCCUUCAAGCUUGCCUGCUGCGCCUCACCUGCUGCUGGGAAGCAGUGGGCUCAUGACUGCAGUCUGGAUGUUAAGUCAGGAGUGCUGCCUACGUGAUUAAGUUCUUACUGCAGCUAAAUAGUUCUUACUGCAUCACUGUACAGGAUCAAAUCCUGGGUUUGGUGCAUCUUCACUGCCUGCCUGCAGUAGGAUCUAAGCACAGGUAAAUACUCUGUGCCUUGCAAUACGUUAGCUUUGUUAAGCAAGCUAAUGUCCGUCUUCACUGUAAGAAUAAAUUGGUGUUGGGAAAAUA